AUGUCAAAGGUUAUAUGUCGAAGGUUAUAUGUCAAAACAAAAGUCUCAAAACAAUGAGAUGAGGAAGAAGAUUUCAAAUUCCAAUUAUAAUACCCUAUAGUAAUAAGUAAUUGAUACUUCUACUGUAUUAUCUGUGUAAUAAUCUUCAUCUAUGAGAAUGCAGUGGAAAUUUUAAACUGUUUUUAAUUUAUAAUAGACAUGUCGAAGGAAACCACUAUUGUCUUUAUCUAUGAUACUAAAAAGCUUCAAAAUGAGGAAGAUGAUCCAGCCACAGCAAUUCUAUAUUUUCACCCUACUUGGGUUUCAGAUCACCAAAAAACCGUUUUAUGUGGGCAGCUAAUAGGAAUUAUACAUUGUAUCCGUAAAGUUUUUCAAGUUCCACAAGUAAUAUCGCUUGAAAGCGGAAAGUUUUAUGUUAAUAAUGUUGAUGGUAGAUACUUGUUGGCUGUAGGGACAGACAGAAACGUCCCUGAUUGGAUUUUAUUACACAGGAAUAAUUUAUUGACUUCACUGAUCGAAUUUUAUCAUAAAGACAUAGAAGAAAUGGCCAACAUUUAUGGAAACUCUGAUGCACUAUCUGCUAAAAUGUAUCACAUGUGUGAAACUUACUUGAAAAUCAUUUCUUUUGGAGGUAAUAUAUUUUCGAUAAUACCUUCAAUUAACCUUCCAAAAAGCGCAUCAAAUGUUUUCAUAGAAAGUUUGAAUAUAUUACACUAUUGUCAAACUUUCGAGUCUGUAUUAGGUGGGUUGAUCUUGCACCAUAAUAAGGUUGUGGCCACGCAACUAUCCCCAUUUCUGACUAAGAUGAUAGUUUUAACAGAUCCUUAUAGAAUAAAGAGCCCUGCCGAAACCAUUACAACAAAUUUUCAUUUACCCAUAGGAGUUCAGAUGCUAGAGAUAUACAUCUCAAAAUUUGAAUAUGAAGAAUUAGAUAAAAAUUCUUCAAAAUUGAGGCAGGUCUUUGAGAAUUAUGAAGAUAUCAUUAAGAAAGUUGGUAGGAGCUACAAUUCCUCUGAUUCUACAGAUACUAUAGUGCCAAAUUUGAAGAGAGACUGUUCGUUACUGUUUACCACGGUUCCUGAAGAAGACAAUGAAAUUUCGCCAAAUAAGAAUGUUGAAGCUACAAUUAUACGUCUGAAAAAGCCAUCUAGACCCAAAUUCUUGAAUUUAACCAAUAAAAUUUCAGAUAUUAAAGAAGUUACUCAAACAGGUACCAAAACACCUUAUACUCCAUUUACAGGCAAUCCUGGUAGUGUAAUUUCAACUCCAAUGACAGAUCUCAAGAAAGUUUUACAUAUAAACACAUAUUCUAUAUGUACAGACCCAGAGCCGCUGGAAGAAACAGAGGUAGAUAAGGAAAAUGAAGAAAAUGUAAGUAAUGAAAAUCGAGAGAUGUCGAAUAGUUUGAUAUUGGUCGAAGAACAAAUUCAAAAUAGUUCUAAGAUAAAAAGAUCUCAAAGUAUCUCAGUUCCAAUCAAUCAUUUGGAAGAGAUGAAAGGUGAUGAAUGCAGGGUUAUUAACUUAUGUGAAAGGGAAGAAGAGACAAAUAGUGAUGAAGUAAUACAUGAUCUUGAACAUGAAAAAUCUGAAAAAGUCACCAAAAGAAAGAGUUUAACCUUGCCUUUAAAAUCUUUGAGUUUAGACUCUGGAAGUGUACUAGAUAAUUCAGAUGCGACAAUGUCUGGCCUACUUACUCCCCUGAUGCAGAAAUUAAGCUCUCUAGCCUUUGAGAAAAAAAGCAGCGGCAUAUGCAGCUUUACCCCUACUCCUCUAGAGUAUAAGGAUAUUGUCCCUCUUUUUAAGAAACAGAAUAAUGAAAAAUCUAAAUCAAAAAGUGACCAAACUCCUGUCAAAUGUGUCCUUUUUAUCUGUGGACAACAAGAUACUGUUUUUGGAAUGUUGCUGAAGUCCAAUGCGAUUGACAAAGAAAACCUAGUGUUUUCUUUGUGGGAACUUUGCACAAGCAGACUUGGAGAUCUAGAGAAGCAACUGCACCAAUGUAUGGAACCAUAUUCUGGUAAUAUAGUACCCGAACAAGAACCUUACAGUUUUCUCUGCUUGGAUAGUCAGUGGGAUACCUUGAAAAGAGGAGGCCCUUGGGAAACUGGAGAAGUAAACUCCUUAUCCAAGAUACACAGAGAUUUCCAAGACAAUCAAAGCAUCACUGAAAUAUUGUGUAAGGGCAACGACAAUAUUUUGUAUGGUGUACGAACUGGAGAUUCUGAAAUUUUUUAUCACCAGUCCGAAUGUGCCAAUGGAGGGCUUCCUACCCCAUCAGAUUCCAUGGGGCAUGUGCCAAUGAGGGCAAAACGUAGUUUAGAAAGAGAUCACGCUAUAGUUUUGUUGUAAAAUUAGAUUGUAUCCAAAUUUAUAGUUUGUAAAAUCUAUGUACUUCUUGUUCAUAGAGGAGUUAUUUUCUAGAAAUAUUUUCACACUAUAGAGUGAAUUGAAUAUUUACCAAAGAAAAUUGUUUAACUGUUCAUUGUUAAAGUGUAUAUUGAGUGAAGUCUUAGUAGAUGUGUAUUAGACUGAUUUUUAAACAUUCCAUUUUAAUACUUUUUUAUGUAUAUUUGUUGACUUCUCAAAUGUUUUUAUAUAAUUUCAGAUGAAUUAUUCUUUUGAAUUUCCAUCAUAUUUUCAAGGUAAAAUAAAACAAAGUUUCAAAUCUUCA